AAGUGGAAUCAAAACAAUCCAAAGUCGCUUAUGAUACCCGGCGCAUGACUAAUUCAAGGGCAAACACCCAGAACUUAUGGCAACCAGCGAUUCGACAAGCCAUUGAAAAUAGGACUGUACUGUAACACAUAUUCGUAUCAACAGCCUACCCCACGAGUAACCACCAGAACACCCCACGAUAGUCAUCAUGGCGGCCAGCAACCUCUCGACAUACUCCGAUUGCGUCUCCUCUCUCCGCACAUCCCUCAAAUUUCUCGAAUCAUCCGUUGAGACUCUUGAUAAUGGCGUAUCCGAUUUUCCCCGUCUAGUCAACGUCCUCAAGACCGUCCGCCACUACGAACUCAUCCCACAACCCACUCUCGCUGCAGCUGAAGCUUCAUUACGCGACGAAAUCGGACCAUAUAUCGCUCUUCUUCUCGCCCGCGCAGACUCCCAGAUCGAGCGUCAGGAGCGUCGCAUCGAAACACUCAAAGCCCGCGCAGAGCUUCAGCAGGGUCGUUUAUCCCGCCCAGAUGAUGACUACGACGAAUACGGUGGAAAGUCUAAGAAGCAGAGAACCGGAAGUCGUAAGUUAACUGCAGAGGAGAAGCUCCGCGCGCGAGCAGUUCGACAGCGCAAGGAGGCUCUGCGCUAUGGUGUCGAGAGAUUAGAGCUGGAGGUGUUGCAGAAGGAGAGGGAGCUCAGGAAGAGACUGGAAGGAUGAGAAGUGAACGAAUAAACGAGAAACGGAGAAACAACUGUACGAAGGCAGUUUGAAAUAUGGUCCCUCGAUGCAACGAAAUCUACAUUGCGACACAUCAUGCCCCCAGAGGCAAAGACAUGAAGUCGCAUCGAUCAAUGAGCAAGCCAGGUGGGAUCGGCACCGGACAUAUACUGGCUUCGUCAACAUAUCGAGCAAUGCCAAUCCUCCUCGGCGAAAAACGCGCGGAAACCAGUCAGAGGAUUACGUACUGAGUUCAUCUUGAACUCAGUAGGAACUCAAGGCAAGUGGUUACUUUAACUUGAACACGAUCCAAGCUCCAGAACGAAACUGCCACGCGUUCCUGAGCAAAACCUUAACACCACAUGCAUUGGUGUCAAUGGCUGUUGAAUGGUCCCGCCAGUUGCAGAUCCUAAAUUUAGACUCAGCCCA